AUGGCGUCUUCUGUGGGCAACGUGGCCGACAGCACAGAACCAACGAAACGUAUGCUUUCCUUCCAAGGGUUAGCUGAGUUGGCACAUCGAGAAUAUCAGGCAGGAGAUUUUGAGGCAGCUGAGAGACACUGCAUGCAGCUGUGGAGACAAGAGCCAGACAAUACUGGAGUACUUUUAUUACUUUCAUCUCUACACUUCCAGUGUCGAAGGCUGGACAGAUCUGCCCACUUUAGUACUCUGGCAAUUAAACAGAACCCUCUUCUGGCAGAAGCCUAUUCGAAUUUGGGGAAUGUGUACAAGGAAAGAGGGCAGUUGCAGGAAGCAAUUGAGCAUUACCGGCAUGCAUUGCAUCUCAAGCCAGAUUUCAUCGAUGGUUAUAUUAACCUGGCAGCGGCUUUGGUAGCAGCAGGCGACAUGGAAGGGGCAGUACAAGCUUACGUCUCUGCUCUUCAGUGCAAUCCUGAUUUGUACUGUGUUCGCAGUGACCUGGGGAACCUGCUGAAAGCCCUGGGUGGCUUGGAAGGAGCUAAGGCAUGUUAUUUGAAAGCAAUGGAGACGCAACCGAACUUUGCAGUAGCUUGGAGUAAUCGUGGCUGUGUUUUCAAUGCACAAGGGGAGAUUUGGCUUGCAAUUCAUCACUUUGAAAAGGCUGUCACCCUUGACCCCAAUUUUCUGGAUGAUUAA